AUGAAGAGAAAAUUUAUUCAAACGAAUUGGAACAAUAAUAUUAGAGAUAUGAAAAAUUUUGAACAAAAGAAAUCUUUAAACUAUAAAUCAAAAGAAGAAUAUACAAAUCAAUUAGAUAAAACUUAUGAAAUAAAUCUUCAUGGAAAAUUUACAGUCAUUAUUCGUAGAUCAUUUCUUCGGUUACAUAUUCGUCCAACAACAUAUAUUAAUCCAUGUUAUUUAUAUGAUUUAUCAUCUAUGUGUGAUUCCGAAAUGGUUUUACCAUCGAAUUUAAUUGAUAAUCUUGAUUUAGAUAAAAAUAGAAUAGGAAAAAAACGAAAAUCAAUACAUAGAAAAAUGAGAAAAUUAGUAACAAAAUAUAAGAAAUCGAUUAAAGAAAAUAAAUUAUCAACAUUUAUUGUUCAAGCAUUUACUACACAAAAACAAAAUAAUUAUUACAAACUUUCAUCUGUUAUUACCGAAAAAGAACAUUCUCAUUAUGGGCUUUUUAUAUUACUUUUUAUUAUUAGUAUUAUUAUCCUUGGUUUUAUUUUAUGGUAA